AUGCGCUCAGCGGAUUGCUCACCGCUGGGCGCAUUGCGCCUCUCUCGCGGCCGGCAAUGCGCUCAGCGGAUUGCUCACCGCUGGGCGCAUUGCGCCCAGCUCGCGGCCAGCAAAGCGCUCAGCGGAUUGCUCACCGCUGGGCGCAGUGCGCCUCUUUCUCCAGCGCUAUUCGCCCUGCGGAAUCCUUGCCGCUGGGCGCAUAGCUGUUCUCUCGCGGCCAGCGCUAUGCGCUCAGCGGUGUUUGCAGGCUUCUUCGCCUCACAGCCAUUCCGCUUUGAGCCAUACGACCUUCUCACCAACAUCGUCAAGACUCGACGACCGAGUACCAUCUACAGCUCGGUGCUCUUUCCCAACCGGGCUCCGGGCGGCCGUGUGCUGCUGCUGCCCUCCCAUUCCCUGUGGCCCUCCCAAUAUCUGCGGCUCUCCCAUUCUCUGCCGCCCAACCAUUCUCUGCUGCCCGCCCAUUCCCUGCUGCCCGCCCUGUCCCUGCUGCCCGCCCAUCCCCUGCUGCCCGGCCAAACCCUGCUGCCCGCCCCUUCUCUUCCCUGUGCCCCUCCCAUUCCAUGUGCCCCUCCCAUUCCCUGUGCCCCUCCCAUUCCCUGUGCCCCUCCCACUCCCUGUGCCCCUCCCAUUCCCUGUGCCCCUCCCAUUCCCUGUGCCCCUCCCAUUCCCUGUGCCCCUCCCAUUCCCUGUGCCCCUCCCAUUCCCUGUGCCCCUCCCAUUCCCUGUGGCCCUCCCAUUCCCUGUGGCCCUCCCAUUCCCUGUGCCCCUCCCAUUCCCUGUGCCCCUCCCAUUCCCUGUGCCCCUCCCAUUCCCUGUGCCCUCCCAUUCCCUGUGCCCCUCCCAUUCCCUGUGCCCCUCCCAUUCCCUGUGCCCCUCCCAUUCCCUGUGCCCCUCCCAUUCCCUGUGCCCCUCCCAUUCCCUGUGCCCCUCCCAUUCCCUGUGGCCCUCCCAUUCCCUGUGGCCCUCCCAAUGUCUGCGGCUCUCUCAUUCUCUGCCGCCCUCCCAUUCCCUGCUGCUCGCCCAUUCCCUGCUGCCCUCCCAAACAAUCUGCCCCCCCCAUUCCCUGCUGCCAACCCAUUCCCAGUGCCCCCCCCAUUCCCUCCUGCCAACCCAUUCCCUGUGGCCCUUCCAUUCCCUGCUGCCAACCCAUACCCAGUGGUCCCCCCAUUCCCUGCUGCCCACACGUGCCAUGCUGCCCUUGCAUUCCCGGCUGCCCUUCCAACCCUUGAAGCCCUCCCGUUUCCUGCUGCCCAUCCCUACCUUGCUGCCCUCCCCUUCCUUGCCUCCCUCCUCUCCCUUGCUGCCCUCCCCUUCCUUGCCUCCCUCCUCUCCCUUGCUGCCCUCCCCUUCCUUGCCUCCCUCCUCUCCCUUGCUGCCCUCCCCUUCCUUGCCUCCCUCCUCUCCCUUGCUGCCCGCCCCUUCCUUGCCUCCCUCCUCUCCCUUGCUGCCCUCCCCUUCCUUGCCUCCCUCCUCUCCCUUGCUGCCCUCCCCUUCCUUGCCUCCCUCCUCUCCCUUGCUGCCCGCCCCUUCUUUGGCGCCCUCCCCUAUCAGGACCUUCCAAACAAUCUGCGCCUCCACCUUCUUCUGUGGAAGACACCACCCCGGACCUGCCUCUACCUCUCCCUCCACCCCUUCCCUGUUGACUUCCACCUCGACCACGCCCUUCCUCCGAACGCCCCACACGCACAUCGUCGUCGCCUACGUGCCCCACCACUUCCCUCUGUAUGUUGA